GAAGCUACUCACUCUCACUGUGAUUGCAACCUUAUAUCAAUAUUCACUUUCAUAUGCAGAAAAUUUGUUUAAUUAAAUUGGUUUGGUAUGUCCUUCCACAUUGGAUAUGCUUGCAUCAACAUAUCUUUUGAAAAAUUAUGCCACAUAACCAACUGGCUAGCUAGACUGCUAUAAAUAUGUACGUGCAAAACUUCAAGACAACUGAGACACCUUCAGAACAUUACAUAAACCAUGGCCAACUCAAACUCUCUUCCUCUCUAUGAAAGGGUUGAGCACAGAAACACACUGCAUAAAAUCAUGGAGUUUAUAAUCCUCUUCCUCCUCCUUUCACUCCUUGUUUAUCGUCUCCUCUCAUUCAACAACCAUAAAUUAUCCUGGUCCAUCGCAUUUCUCUGCGAGCUCUGGUUUACCUUCAGUUGGGUCAUCACCAUGAGCAACAAAUGGAAUCUUGUUGACCAUAAACCAUACCCCGACCGCCUCUUGCAACGGGUGCCUAAGGAUGAGCUUCCAGCAGUAGACUUGUUUGUGACCACAGCAGACCCAGAGCUUGAACCACCUAUCAUUACCAUAAACACCGUUCUGUCUCUGUUGGCAGUUGAUUACCCAACAGACAAACUAGCAUGCUAUGUUUCUGAUGAUGGGUGUUCCCCUAUCACCUUUUACUCACUUGUGGAAGCAUCGAAGUUUGCUAAGAUUUGGGUUCCCUUUUGCAAAAAGUACAAUGUUCAAGUUAGAGCUCCUUUUAGAUACUUCACCAAUAAUUCCACGCUUUCUGGAAAUAAUAAUAAUAAUAAUAAUAGCUCAAUGGAAUUCAAGCAUGAAUGGAAGAUGGUGAAGGAUGAGUAUGAGCAACUUAGCAGCAAAAUCGAGGAUGUGGUGCGCAAAUCUAUCAAUCCAUCUGAUAUUAUUGAAGGCGACUUUUUAGUUUUCUCAAAUGUACAACGUAAUAAUCAUCCAACAAUAAUCAAGGUUGUAUGGGAGAACAAAGAAGCACAUUCGAAUCGAUCAGUGCCGCAUUUAGUAUAUAUAUCCAGAGAAAAACGGCCAAAGCGUCCACAUCAUGCCAAAGCUGGGGCCAUGAAUGUUCUGACUAGAGUCUCUGGGUUGAUGACUAAUGCUCCAUACAUGCUAAACGUGGACUGUGACAUGUUCGCCAGCAGCCCGAACAUUAUUCUUCAUGCAAUGUGUAUGCUACUUGGAUCAAAGAAUGAAAAUGAAAAUGCAUUUGUUCAGUGUCCUCAAGCCUUCUAUGGCGGUCUAAAGGAUGAUCCUUUUGGAAAUCAGAUGGUAGUUUUGUGGAAGUAUGUAGCGCACGGAAUUUCGGGAAUUCAGGGGCCUUUUUAUUCCGGAACAGGAUGUGUUCAUAGACGAAAAGUCAUCUAUGGUCUAUCCCCCAAUUAUGUGAAAGUUGGAGAAACAAAUGCAAAAAGCAUGAUGCACGGUAAAUCAGUCGAUGAAGAACUACUUGAUAUGUUUGGGAAGGAAUUCACCAAAUCAGCUGCUGAUGCUUUGAACGGGAAGGCAGAGUGUUCUAACAUGCUUGCGAAAACUAUUGAGGCUGCUUACUUAGUUGCUGGUGUUGGAUAUGAGUAUGGCACACAAUGGGGCAAAAAGGUGGGAUGGAUGUAUGGAUCCACAACUGAAGAUGUCCUCACUGGGCUUUCAAUCCAUAACAAAGGUUGGAGAUCCAUUCUUUAUGCACCAGACCCACCAGCCUUUCUAGGAUGCGCACCUACUGGUGGACCUGCUUCAAUGACCCAACAAAAAAGGUGGGCCACCGGCCUGCUUGAAAUCCUCCUCAGCACAAACUGUCCCAUAUUUGGCACUCUCUUUGCAAACCUCCAGUUCAGGCAGUGCUUGGCCUACUUCUGGAUCCUUUCAUGGGGCCUACGCGCAGUUCCCGAGCUGUGCUAUGCUGCUCUGCCAGCCUAUAGUAUCAUCACCAACUCACACUUCUUGCCCAAGGGCCAAGAACCAGCUUACUAUAUACCCAUAUCUGUGUUUCUGUUCUACAAUUUGUGCACUUUAUUAGAGUACCUUAGAACCAGUCUAUCAAUCCGAGCAUGGUGGAAUAACCAAAGAAUGGGAAGAAUAACCACAAUGAGUGCAUGGCUUUUUGGAUUUCUUGGUGUUAUACUCAAACUCUUGGGCAUAUCCGAGACAGUCUUUGAAGUAACACGGAAAGACCAAUCUACUUCAAGCGAUGAAGGCACUGAAGAUACUGAAGCCGGAAAAUUCACCUUUGACCAGUCCCCAGUUUUCGUACCUCCCACAGCAAUGUUGUUUAUGCAAUUAACAGCACUGGCCACCGCUUUGUUGGGGCUUCAACCACCUGCCCGUGAUGGGGUGGGAUCAGGCUCUUUGGAGACCAUGUGCAGUGUUUUGUUGGUGGUAUGCUUAUUACCAUUUUUGAAAGGUCUGUUUGGAUCAGGAAAAUAUGGAAUUCCUCUGUCUACCAUAUUUAAGUCUGCUGGUCUUGCACUACUCUUCUACACCUUGUGCAGAUAUUAGGAUGGUAGCUUGUAGCUAGUACCCGCUACUCUUCUACACGUUGUGCUAUUGAUGUAUUGAUGGCUUGGCAAUCGCUUCAUUGGGUUUUCAAGCACCAGCCCGCAACGAUCAGGCCUCUGGCAUAUUAGGCCAGUUUUAAAAGGCUUGUUUGGUACUGGGCACUCCUUAUUGAAGUUUGCUUGUUUUGUACAGAUCUUCUGUACCUAUUGUAGAUAUGGUAGCUUGUUUGGUACUACAUAUAAUAAUCUUCUAGGACCUUUUAUUUUACUUCUGUAGGAGUUUUUAUGGUUUUCGCUUUGUAAAAUAUAUUAUCCUUUUUAAAAUUAAGAGAAAAGCCUCCGUUGAUACCUUAGGCAGAUAUUGCCAUUGGUAUGGCAGCUAGUCGUAACACUACAAUAAAAUUGCUAUUAUUUACGGUUUCCA